AUGGCAGUAAGAGAUAAUGGAAGUUUAUAUUCAAGAGUAAUAAAUUAUUUGAAUUCUUUUCAAAAUUCUUAUAUGCCAAUACGGCAGCCACGUAAUGUCUCAAGACAAAACCGUACCGGAUCUCGUGUACCGAUAACUCCUCGAAACGCUCUAAAUUCAAAAAAUAAUUUUAAACCAUAUGAUAAAGCUUUAGAAGAAAUAAAAAGAUAUGAAGAUUUUACUACAAUCGAUUGGGUUCAAGAUGCUAUACAUGAAAGAUCAAGAAUGAAUGCACUGCGAAGUGCAGCAAUUGAAAAUAGAUCUUCAUGGAGUACUUGGUUAUUGUUAUCUUAUGAAGCAGGUCAAGCCUGGAUUGUAGUAUCAAUAGUUGGUGCAAUUAUUGGUCUUAGUGCAGCAUUGAUUGAUAUUACAACGGAAUGGGUUUCUGAUAUAAAAUUUGGUUAUUGUAAGAAUUCUUGGUGGUUAAACCAAAAAUUUUGUUGUUGGGAGAUUGAGGAACAAGAUGGUUCCUGUGAAGAAUGGAUUGAUUGGUCAAGUCAUUAUGUAAUAAGAUGGUUUUGUUAUGUAGUGUUCUCGACUUUAUUUGCAACAAUAUGUGCCUAUAUGAUACGAUCUUAUGCUCCGUAUGCUGCAGGUUCUGGUAUUUCAGAAAUUAAAUGUAUUUUGGCUGGAUUUGUGAUGAAAGGUUUCUUGGGAGGGCGUACAUUGCUAUUUAAAAGCGUUUGUUUGCCGUUAGCUAUCGCUUCCGGAUUAAGUGUAGGAAAGGAAGGUCCCUCUGUACAUACGGCAGCUUGUGUAGGAAAUGUCGUAUCGAGAUUAUUCGGAAAAUAUACGAGGAAUAAAGCAAAAAUGCGUGAAAUUCUCUCCGCUUCAUGUGCAGCGGGUGUAGCCGUCGCAUUUGGUUCUCCCAUUGGAGGAGUUCUUUUUUCUUUUGAAGAAAUGAGUUACAAUUUUCCAAUGAAAACUAUGUGGCGGAGCUUCUUUUGCGCUUUAGUAGCUACUGUCGGAAUGAAUCCUUUUCGAACAGGAAAACUUGUAAUGUUUCAAGUUACUUAUGAUAGAGAAUGGCACUUUUUUGAAAUAAUAUUUUUCUGUAUAUUGGGAGGAUUAUAUGGCGCAUUAGUGAUAAAAUAUAAUCUUAAAGUUCAAUCUUAUCGAAAGAAAUAUUUAAAAGAUUAUGGAGUACAUGAAGCCAUAGCACUUGCAUUUUUCACUGCAUUAAUUGGAUAUUUUAAUAUAUUUAUGAAAUUGGAUAUGACUGAAAUUUUGGGAGUUCUUUUUGAAGAAUGUGAAGGAAAGAAAACUUAUGAUUAUGAGAAAAAUCCAGGAAGUUCACAAUAUGUAAGGAUGGUUUUUUUAUUAUUAGCAGCAACCAUUCUUAGGACUGGUUUUGUUAUAAUAUCUUAUGGUGCAAAGGUUCCUGCAGGAAUUUUUAUCCCAUCAAUGGUUGUAGGGGCUACAUUUGGGAGAUUUCUUGGACUCUGUGCAAAGUCUCUUCAUGAUGCGUACCCCGAUUUUCCAAUGUUUUCAAGUUGUAAACCAGAUGUGUCUUGUGUUACUCCUGGAAUGUAUGCAUUCUUAGGUGCUGCUGCUGCUUUAAGUGGUAUUAUGCAUUUAACAGUUUGUGUAGUUGUUAUAAUGUUUGAACUUACAGGAGCUUUAACAUAUAUAUUACCAACUAUGAUAACUUUGAUGGUUACAAAGACUGUGGGAGAUCUUUUUGGAAAGGAUAAGGAAGAAUAUACAUUUGGAGUACCAGUGGCCACUGUAAUGAGAAAAGAUCUUACUGUUAUGACUGCUUCAGGAUUAAGAUUAGAUGAAAUUGAUCAAGUAUUAUUGGAAUCGAAUUUCCAGGGAUUUCCAGUGGUUACUGAUAAGAAAAGUAUGACUUUAUUAGGAUAUAUUGGACGCACGGAAUUAAAAUUUGCAAUUGACAAAGCGAAAAGAGUUCGUGGAGUUUCUAGCGCGGCACAUUGUUUUUUCAACCCUGAUGAUAAUUCUUUUUCUGAUGAUAGUAAUGAAGAAAGUUCAUCUAGUUUUAUAGAUUUUGCUCCAUUUAUUGAUCAGACACCAAUAACUGUGAAUCCACGUUUACCACUUGAAACAGUCAUGGAUUUGUUUAAGAAAAUGGGUCCUCGAGUUAUACUUAUCGAACAUACUGGUAAAUUGGUUGGUCUCAUUACAGUAAAAGAUGUAUUGAAAUAUAUUGCAAGAAGAGAAGCUGAAGAAGAAAGUAUUAGAAUUUACAAUGCUUCUAGUUUAAUAGAAUUAACAAACAACAAUAAUAAUGAUUCACCUGAAGAAAAUAGAAAUUUGAGAUCACCGAUGAAUAAAAAACGAGGUUCAGUCUCGUUUUUAGAGUUGGGGAAAAGUAGAGAUAGUGAUUUAUAA